AUGGCGCAACACAUUGUCUUACAAGCUUCCAAGCUUGUCAGCCCGGCGGUCAUGACUGGUACCAGUCUCUUCUCCCGCGCUCACAAGCCGAGAGGGUCUCCGCCCAAGAAGAUGCGCGGCUUCCUCGCCUUACCCGGUGAGAUCAGAAACCAAAUAUACGGCUACUACUUCGACUCGGAGCGUCGCUGUGAGAUCGCCAGCAAAGGAUCCAAAUUCACGCAGCGGAAACCACAGACUGUCAAGUUGUCAUCAAAUGUAAUCGCUACAAAGAGCACGACUCCUGCGCCUGAUCCUGAGAUAAGCGCGACUCCUCCUGUCGUGAUUCGCUUCUCGAGAUCACUUGGCAAAUACAACGCUGUUCAGGGCCUGCGAACGAACUGGCCGGACUCGCUAUGUGCGCUAAAUCUUGUUUGCAAGCAAGUCUAUGCAGAGACAGCGAAGUUGCUCUACCAAAGCACAGUUUUUGUCUUCGACGCGCCAAAGCGGAUGACAAACUUCUUCAAAUAUGCCUCGUCCAUCCACUUGGGAAGCAUCACCAGGUUGCAUCUCCACUACAGCACUUAUGGAAAUCCAAACAAGACCGUGGACGUGGUUUGGCAAGAGAAGCAUCAUCAAAGUUGGUAA